AUGGGCGAAGUGGGACAAUCGAGCUGGCAAUUGCCCCCGUUGGUCCCCGACGACCCUCCUCCACCAUAUUCCAAAGAGGACGACUCUCAUGAGCUCUCGCCAGAUUCGCCGGGAAGGGUAUGCGGGGCAUCCGUGUUCCAUCAAAAUCUCAACGGUUACGGCUGGAAAACACUCUCUGGGGGGUCCUAUUACGAGCUCGGAGCCUCCAGGGAAGAACUGAGAUUCGGCGUCUGCGUCAAAUGUAUCCUGAGCGCGAGAUCGGAGUACCUUCACAUCCACGACGGACUGGAGCCAGAAAAUGACAUACUCGCCAACAUGAGCAGAAAUUUCGAAGCAACGCCAUAUGGUGGGAAAGAGCAAGAGGUUUUCAACUUGACACUACAUGCUGUCGAAGGCCCGAGAGAAGCGGAAGAACAGGUCGAGAUGUACCAACUCCGGGACUCCGAAUGGGGACAUCGCAACACGCUGGACCUUGUGAUCGACAUCGGAGGGCGCUCGGAAAGGUUCCAAUGGAGGCAUUCCAAGGGGAAGGAGGUCAAAGGUCUCGCGGGAUGCUCGAGCGGCUGGAAGCUGGUGCGCCUGGGGUCGCAGGAGGUCGGCGUGGGGGGGAAGAGGAAAAGCAGGGAGUAUGGGUUCACGAUCGACGGGAAAGAGGUCGUCGCAGUGAUUGCUCAGCCUUUGAGUUUCAAAAGGGAUUUUAUGUUUGCAUUCCUAGGAUCGGGCCGCUCGGGUGCCCUUGGCAACGCGUGGGAGACUGCGGCCCUGAUGUCCGGGAUCUGGAGAUGGUGGAACUCUGUCAACGCGUCGCCGGACUGA